AUGACCAACCUUCUGCUCCAAGAUCCCUUCACAGUUCUCAAGGAGUAUCCAGAGCGAUUAACGCAAACAUUCGAAACUCCUUUACAAACAUGUUGCGUGGAAUUUUCGCACGGCGGUGAUUACUUGGCUAUGGGCUGUUCCAAUGGUGCAGUGAUACUUUACGACAUGGACACUGCGAAGCCAAUCGCAAUGCUCGGUAAUAGAGGUGGUGGCCAUGUGAGAUCGAUCCAGUCGAUUGCGUGGUCAAAAGAUGAUCGGUACAUCUUAACAAGUUCCCGCGACUGGUAUGUGAAAUUGUGGGACUUACAGAAACCAGGAGUACCUGCCCGGCAGGUAAGGUUUGAAUCUCCAGUUUGGACGUGUCAAUGGGGUGGUCCGUUUGACCUGGGGUGCAUAGCUACCGUUUACGAGGAAGAAUAUGCAUUUAGCAUCAAUUUGACACCUGAGACGCCGGUUGUUGCGAAGAUUUGUGAUGUAUACGAAUACUUAGGCGAAGACGAGAAGGAGAGCGAGGAAAACGAAGAGCUCGAACAGCAGGACUUUGGAUAUACUUUGGUGGCCUGCGUGCACCCCGUGUGGAAGGAGAUUCUCAUAACAGGUACCUCAAAGGGCUGGUUCAAGAUCUACCGCAUUUCAGACCAAAAGGUUCAACUGGUGCAUUCGUACCGUUUUGCUUACUCCAACGCGAAGCACAUGAUAAUAUCCCAGUCAGGAGAUCGAGUGGCCAUCAAUUCCUCGGAUCGCACCAUUAGACAAUAUUCGUUGACAGCUAAUUUCGAGCUUACAGAAUUCAAUUUUGCGCUCGAGCACCGAUACCAAGACGUCAUAAACAGACUCCAGUGGAACAGCAUUCGUUUCAGUAGCAACUCUGCCGAAUAUUUGGUCGCCUCGGCUCAUGGCUCUUCGGCACGCGAUCUCUAUCUCUGGGAAACGAGCACUGGAACUCUCGUCAGGGUCUUAGAGGGAGCUGAGGAAGAACUCAUGGACAUUGACUGGGACUUCAAUCACAUGUGCAUCACAAGCAAUGGAUUAGAGACCGGUAAUGUCUACGUGUGGUCGCUCGUAAUCCCUCCAAAAUGGAGUGCUCUGGCGCCAGAUUUCGAGGAAGUUGAGGAAAACAUAGAAUACAGGGAGAAAGAAGAUGAAUUCGACCAAGUAGGACAGUUCGAACAGCAACAAGAGCUUGAUCAAGCCGAAGAAGUCAAGAUAGACCUACGAACACGCGAGAAAUUCGAUGUACGGGGAAACGAAAUAAACUUUAACCGCUUCGUCAUUCCGCUUGACUACGAUAGCAUUUUGAUGCUCAAACACUGGGACAAAUAA